AGGAGAUGACCAGAGACUGCGGACACAGUACAGGGAUGACCAGAGACUGUGGACACAGUACAGGGAUAACCAGAGACUGCAGACACAGUACAGGGAUGACCAGAGACUGCGGACACAGUACAGGAGAUGACCAGAGACUGCGGACACAGUACAGGGAUGACCAGAGACUGCAGACACAGUACAGGGAUGACCAGAGACUGCGGACACAGUACAGGAGAUGACCAGAGACUGCGGACAGUACAGGAGAUGACCAGAGACUGCGGACACAGUACAGGAGAUGACCAGAGACUGCGGACAGUACAGGGAUGACCAGAGACUGCGGACAUAGUACAGGAGAUGACCAGAGACUGCGGACAGUACAGGAGAUGACCAGAGACUGCGGACACAGUACAGGAGAUGACCAGAGACUGCGGAUAUAGUACAGGAGAUGACCAGAGACUGCGGACACAGUACAGG